AUGACCUCGAAAAACAACGGUCUGUUGGAAUGUCCGAAAAAGGAUGGAACAAAGGUCGAAGGUAAUAAUAUUAAUGCAUUACCUCCAAAUCAAACGGUCCGGGAUCUUAUUCAACUGUUUAAUCAUCCCGAGCCAGCUUCAGUUCCGUGCCAUGGAUGUACUACCAAUGAAGCUGAAUAUUGGUGUGAUAGUGAUUGCAAGCAUUGCUUCUGCUCUAACUGUUGGGAUACCAUUCAUGGAGUGGAUCAAUACCGCAAUCAUAGGAAACUUCACGUUGGAGAUAGACCUCGUGAAGUACCUCAAUGUCAAGGUCAUGGUGAUCAUUCCAUACAAUUUUGGUGCGAACAAUGUGCGAGAGAGAUUUGUAGUGAGUGUCAACAAACACAACAUAGGGAGCAUUCGCCGGUUGAAAUUACUGCGUAUGUGAAGACAAUAGAAGAGCAGUGUGAAAGUAAUUUGGAAGGAAUUCAGGCGUCUUUGAACUAUCGGUCGGAUCGAGCGGAUAAAAUGAUUAUCGAAGUGGAAAAGGAAAGGGAAUUCAAUGAAACUCAGGUCCGUGAAACCAUGCAAAAUCUUCGCCACCUGAUCGAUCGACGAGAAGAGACUUUGCUGGGUGAAAUUCAUCAAGUAGAGACGAGCGAUAAAAGAAGGAUUGAAGAACAUAAACGUUCGCUUCAAGGCGAACAACAGAAUUUAAUUGAACAAGUGUUAAAUUUUGCUGUUGUUUCCAAAGAUAAACGUCCACAAAGACUUUUGGAUGCGAGACAACCGUUUCAAGAUUUUAUAAGAAGGACAGACGCGAGGCUGUUAGAAUUGAAACCACUAUCGCGGAUCAAAAAUCAUAUCGCAGGUGUCGUAGAUUUGACUAAUCUACGAAAUCAAAUUGAAAAUAUGAAACUGGAACCGGUAUCAAGACACAGGCAUCAAGUAGUUGAGCAAAAGAUCACUAAUAGCGCGAACAGUGCAACGCUCGACCUAAACUCAUCGCAGCUCACUGAUCUAGAAAUGGAACUCGUGGCCAAGGAAUUAGAAAUCAGAAGAACCCUUACAACAUUGAAAUUGUAUGCCAAUCAAAUUAGUGAUCUGGGAGCACAGUAUUUAGCUGAUGUUCUCCGAACAAAUCAAACACUCACUAAUCUGGAAUUGCAUAACAACCAAAUCGGAACUGAAGGAUUGGAACACCUGGCUGAUGCACUACGAACGAACAAAACACUAAAGACAUUGACUUUGUAUCAGAAUAAUAUCAAGAAUGAAGUAGCACAAUGUGUUGCGGAUGGACUUAAAACUAAUAAAGGAAUGGAAACUCAGAUUCGAAAUGUUAACAAUGUACCUGUACCAAGAUAUGAAAAUCCACAACUGUCACAAAAGAUUGCUAACAACGGAAAUAACGCCAGAUUAGAUUUAUAUUCUUCCAGACUAACUGAUCAAGAUAUGGAAAUUGUAGCUGAGGCGUUGAAAACGAAUACGAUACUAAAGGAGCUAUAUCUACAUCAGAAUCAAAUUAAAGAUGUCGGGGCACAACAUAUUGGUAAAGCAUUGGAAACUAAUCGAACAUUAACUCGCUUGGAUAUUUACACCAACCAAAUCGGACCUAUCGGAGCUGGACAUCUGGCAGAAGCAUUGAAAGUUAAUACAACACUUAAUGUUUUGGUUCUUGAAAAUAAUCAGAUUGGUGAAAAUGGAGCUCAGCAUCUAGCAAAUGCUUUAACGGUUAAUAGAAGUUUGACUUACAUCGAGUUGGGUCGGAAUCAAAUCGGAGAUAAUGGAGCAGAAAAAUUAGCCGAAAUGUUACGAACAAAUCAAACACUGCAGCAGCUUUGGUUAUAUGAUAAUCAGAUCGGAGAUGGAGGAGCUCAGCACAUCGCAAAUGCGUUAACAACUAACCAAACUCUUAAAGAAGUUUAUCUCGGUGCUAAUGCAAUCACAGAUGUUGGAGCACAACACUUCGCAAAUAUGUUAGAGAAUAAUCGAACUCUGACUAUUUUGGUCCUUAACUCGAAUAGAAUCGGAGAUGAUGGAGUCCAACAUCUUGCCCGAUCACUAGAACACAACACAAUACUUACUCAAUUGGGACUUUCUAAAAAUGGAAUUACUGACACAGGUGCGCAAUACUUAGCUAAUGUUCUUCGAACUAAUCAGAUACUUACUCAAUUGGGACUUUCUAAAAAUGGAAUUACUGACACAGGUGCGCAAUACUUAGCUAAUGUUCUUCGAACUAAUCAGACGUUAACUCACCUUGGUUUGGAAGUAAACCAAAUUAAAGAUACUGGAGCACAGCAUCUUGCCGAAGCAUUGAUAAGAAACCAGACAUUAACACAUCUAUAUCUACAUGAAAAUCAAAUCAAGGAUGAGGGCGCACGACACCUCGCUGCUAUGCUGACUCAGAAUCAAGGACUCAAGGAGUUGUAUCUUUCUAAUAAUCAGAUUGGAAAUGACGGAGCACAACAGUUGAGCAACGCAUUGGGGCAGAACAGAACAAUACAAGUCAUAUACCUACUUAAUAAUAACGGUAUCUCCAAUGCAACGAGAACCAAUAUACAACGGCAACAGCCACGAAUCAAAUUCGCUUAUUGA